UUGGAAUGGUGCGUUGCAUUUAAUAUAAUUUAUAAACAGUAAUUUUGACUAACGUAUCAGGAACAUGUAUUGCGUUAUGUCUCGUCCAGGCGGUAGGGACCGGAUGUGACGGUUAGGCUAGCAUAUUGCAAGCGAGCUAGCUAACCGUAAAUACACGCUUUGCAAUUGAAUGAUGGGUAGCAUGUUAACAUCACGUUCAAAUUACACGAUCGUGUAGUUAUAUAAUUGCAUUAUUUGGGGAUCGACUAACUAAUGAUAUUUCGAGCUGAUGUUCUCUUUGGUGGAUGCAUGGUUAGCUGUCUACGCUAUCAGCUAGUUACGCGAACAACUGAGCAUGCGUGAACCCCGUGAAGGGUUCCCCACCUUACAUCUUACUUGCAAAGGGAAAGCCAUAAGAAACCAUGAAAGUGCAGAAAUCUCUCCCCAAAACCAAGCAGACGUCCAAGAGGCAACAAUGUAAUGACAAGUGGUUCAAGUCCAACAGAAUUGCCAAAAACUCAGACUCUUCAAACCUCAGCCCAAGCACAGCCAUGGCCAAGCUAGAGCACCGCGCAUCUAACCUUAGAAAGGACAAGCCUAACCUGAAGAGACUGAAGAAAGGCGCCAAGGCUGUGUCCUUCAGACCGGUCAAGACUCCGGCUGCCUUGGAGAGGACCCCCUCUCGUCCCCUGACCAACGGUGGAGCAGGUGGACCAGAGCAGGGCAGUGACUCAGACGAGUCCCAGGACUGGAGCUCCUUUGCCAAGUCUGUUUUACAUCAAAAUGGUGGUGGAGAGAGUAUGGAGGGCCAGGAGAAUUGUGUCUCAGCCAAAGCUGCGCCUGGCAGGAUAGAGGAGGAGGCUUUUGUUCACUGUGCAGAGCGAGACUACAUCCAUAAUCGCACAGUGCUGGUCAUGCAACAGGGUCAGACCCUGUGUUUUAGGGGGAAGUGCCUUCUGUCAUGUCUGUACGGUCGGGUGGAGGUGCAUGGUUUCACCCUUGAGGAGGGUCAGCAGUCCUACCCACUUUUUUCCCCUUCCUCACAUUGCCCCCUCACCGUCACAGCACUGGGGGAUUCCCCUAACCCCAGCAAGACCAAGAAAGCAGGCCGUCUAGAGGCCAAAGCCAUUGUCCGCAAGUACCUCUCUACAGAGACACGUAAAAGGUUGUUGAGUGAAGUAGAUUCAGACUCCUGUGUGAUCCUGCUGGAGCCCCUGGACACCCCUCUGACGCGGUUCCUCACCAGUUUCCCAGACCUCAAAGAGGUGUUUGGACUCAGUUCGAGGGACAUCCGAGAGAGUUCAGCUAUGCUGGACACUCCGCUCUCUGGCCUUGGCAUAACCCCACUGCGGAAAACAGCCAGAGGCAUGGUUAUGUCACAGACCUACAGGGAGGCUCUCAACGGCCUGGUUAACGCCUGUGCAGAGGAGCUAGAUGGCUGUCCAGUUAUUCUUGUAUGUGGUGCUAAGAAUGUUGGAAAGUCCACCUUCAACCGUCACCUCAUCAAUACCUUACUUAACCACACUGCAAGUGUAGAAUACCUGGAGUGUGACCUGGGCCAGACAGAGUUCACUCCCUCAGGUUGUCUCUCCCUGUCUACUGUCAGAGAGCCACUGCUGGGUCCCCCCUUUACACACCAGUGGGCCCCAGAGCACAUGAUCUUCUAUGGCCAGUCGUCCUGUGAAACGGACCUGGACCGCUAUCUGGAGUCCCUCAAGUCCCUGUGGCGCUUGUACAACCGAGAGACGCCCAUUGUCAUCAACACCAUGGGCUGGGUCAAAGGUUUUGGCUUUCAGUUGUUGGUGGACAUCAUUCGCCUCUUCUCCAUUUCUCACGUGGUGCAGCUCAGUAGUGGGGAUAAAGUCAUGUGCCCCCAACUCACCCCUGAGUUCCUGAGGUCAUCCCAUGGCUGGCAGACACACCCUCCUGUCCAGUCAGCUUUGGGUGAGGACAACUCUGGAACUCAUCCUGCCCAGCGGAGUUACACUCUAUUCCGUAUUCACUCAGAGUUUGAAGGAGCAGGCCGCCCGGGAGAAAUGAGACACCAGCGCAGCAACGAGCAGCGUGACCUGGCUCUGCUGGGCUACUUCAGCCAGCUGCAGUCCCCUGAACCAGGCCCUGUCAGACCCCUACACUGCUUCACCCCCUACCAGGUUCCCCAUUCGGCAGUGGCUGUGGGUGUGACACACUGCGAGGUGGCACCAACUCAUGUACUCUACACUGCCAAUGCCAGUCUGGUGGGGCUGUGCUGUCUGAAUGAGAAGGUAUCAGGCAGGGGAAGCCCAGUACUGCUCUCCCAAACCCCUGUCUGCCCCUGUGUGGGCUUUGGUGUCCUUCGAGGUGUGGACAUGGCACGGGGCCUGUACUUCCUUGUUACACCUGUAGCUCCCUCUAUCCUCCGUCAGGUCAACUGUCUUCUGCUGGGGGCUGUCACACUGCCCAACACCCUCCUCACAGGCCAGACAGGAAUUCUGGGAGAUCCUCCCUACGUCACAAUGGACUACAGCUUUGAGCUAACCGGGGCCGGCAAGCUUCACGUCUUCAAGGGGCUUGUAAGACCUGGCCAGAUGAAAAACGCAAAGUGAUUGUUUUUGUUUUUAUGGUUUCACAGCAAGAAAUCCUUUUUUUUUUUUUUUCUUUCUCCCCCGCCUUGUUUAUUGACUAAACACCAAGGCCAGAGUGAAGGUCGUUGAAUGUACAGAAGUGAAGGUUCAGGAGAGGGUGUACCGUAGAGUUGGUGUGAGUGACUCGAGGGCGUACUCUCACUCCAGAUCAGUGCUGAAGACGGCCCAGGCUGUGGAGGUCAACUCCCUCUUGUUGGCGUCAAUUGGGUUUACCUUGGUCUACAAUCAUGAGAUCAUUUUUUUUUUGGGGGGGGGGGGGGUUGCUGUAUUAAAUAGUUUAGGAUGUUUGAACGUAUUUCUAUCACAUGGACAAUAUCUAGACAUGCAGUUAAACCUCUGUCUGCAUCUGAAAUGGCACCGUAUUCCAUGGGGCACUGGUCAAAAGUAGUGCACUAUAUAAGGAAGAGGGUGCCGUUUGGGACACAUUCUGGGUUUGAUGUCUAUUCCUCAUGGGUCACAUUCCAAAGCCAAGAUUGUACACAUUAUCAAUUGUAAACAAAUUGAUAUACUUUUUGUUGUUGAAAAUGUGAGCUUUUCUUGUCACUGUCAGGACUUUCUAAAUCUGUUGACCUUUGGUCUUUUUAAGUGGCCCAUCAUGACAUGUCCCUAGCAGAUGUGAUAUCAUGGUUAAAUGUUCAAAGUUCCAUGUCAUAAUAUACAGUACCAGUCAAAAGUUUGGACACACCUACUCAUUCAAGGGUUUAUCUUUGUUUACUAUUUUCUACAUUGUAAAAUAAUAGUGAAGACAAACUAUGAAAUGACACACAUAACCA